UCCUGGGCUUCAAUAGUGCCGGGAAUUGGUCCCAAUACAAAGGAAACAAGGCUCCGGGGCACGGAGAUUGCCCUGGUGGACCAGGUUGACAGAGACCGGAUAGCUUCGAUGAUAUUCCCAGAGGCGGAAGGUCAUGCUGUGAGACGGCCAGGAACAGUCUUCGAGAAGAACUGCAAUCCUGGCCAAGAUCAAUCAUUCCCCCAACACAAUGGAUGCCCUAGCCGUCGAUCCCUCUCUGCCGUUGGGUUCCCUCAUGCCAUGCUGCAGCUCUGUGGUCCCCCCCUCUCUAGUCCCCUCUGUCUCUCUCUGCUUUGCGACUCUGGCCGGGGACGCAUUGGAUGCCUCCCCUCCAAUUCCCAUGUUGCGCCGCUUGUCGCCGGCCGGGUCGCAGGCCAGGCUCCCGUCUUGAAACGCGGUAACCCACCAGGAACCGCCGCUAUGGAGUCUGUCCUGGGUGCGCGAGAUGGAUUGCAUGUGGCCGUGGUCCUUGGACCCAGGAACUGUCAGAUCAGAAAUAGCAGCAGGUUGAGAGCAGGCGGGGACUUGAAGGCCAAACGGACCUAAAGAGGGGCCUGGCAUUAAUGCGAAUGGCUUCCCGGCCCUCGUCAAAUCUCAAUGUCUCGUGCUCGAAGCGAGCGCCCUUUCGGCUCUCAUGUCACCCGUUGGCGGGGGCGUCGUCGCCAUCCCCGGAUCAUACCUAGGAGCUCCCUGCGCGACAUUUGUUUUUUAUGCGCACAGAUACGCAUAAGAUCCUCGGUGAGGCCCGUUCAUCUCUCAGCCGGCCGAUGGCGAUGGUGGCUGAGGGGGGUAUUGGAUGGUAUGUAAGACCCCUCUGCGGGACAACAAUGCGGGAUACACGUUGGGAAACGUGCGAGAGGUGAUUCCUUGGAGGGGUCAGAGGGGCCAGAG